UCAUUUCAGGUCAACACCAACGGGGUGAUUUCUUUCCUGGUCCAAGUUUCACAGUAUACCCCGGCUUCAUUUCCUCUGGGAGAUAGUCGUCGACUCGUGGCUCCAUUUUGGGCUGAUGUUGAUACAACUAAUGGCGGACAAGUGUUCUACCGAGAGACCACAGAUUCGCAACUGCUUAAACGAGCUACUAAUGAUGUUUCAGCCACCUUUGUAGAUCACAAAAAAUUCAAAGCCACUUGGCUAUUCGUGGCGACGUGGUAUGAAGUGGCCUUCUAUGGUGCUAGGAAUUUCACACACAAGGUAAGGCUUAAUUUAACAAUUAUUCACCGCAGCAAUUGCACUAAAAACCAUUGUCUUGUAAGGAAAAUGAUACCAGGAUCAAAAGAGAAAAACCGUAAUAUCCAUAGCAAUGCUAAUGUGUGCCCCAGUGCAUGGAUAUCCAAGAGAAGCACGACAACUUCCCUGUAGAUGGAAUACUGAUUUAUUGUAGGCAUCUACUCCAGACCCUCGUUAGGGUUCUCCUAAAGUUUGUUAGUACUGUCAGUAUGAAAAUAUUGUUUUAUCUACACUGUCUCAGCUAGGGCUCGACUCUAUGAUCUAUCUCGAUCUCUAGUGCUACUCCUGCACGUCAAUCAUCAGGCCACUGCGUCUCAAACAAACAAACUCCAGGAAAACCAAUGCUCCUCGAAGCAUUGUAGGAAUUUUGACUGUCGAGGGCAAACAAAAAUCUCCGUCUGCCGUAGGGCCAUUCAUUAAAGGUUGUACUCCCCCCACCCCGAGGGUUGUCCAAUACACCCAAUUAAACCGCUACGAUUCGUCUAAAGGCAGUUUUUGAAUCGUUUUACCGGAAGUCGAUACGCGGUUAAUGCGUCUCGUUAUACCGGAAAUCUCUCAUUAGAUGGAAACGCACACCGGAAGUCAAUUUGCAAGACACUUAUAAAAAUAUCUCGCAAGUAACUGUCAAAGGCUGUUGAAAAUGUUGUCGAAUCGAACGAUUCCUCUCAGUUAAGUCGACUCGUCAUACCAGAAGUCGAUUUGCAAGGCACUUAGAAAAUAUUCCGCAAGUAGCUAAUAAAUAGGGUUGAAGAUGUUGUCAAAUCGACUCGAUUCGACUCGAAUCGAACGACUCGUCACAGUUGAUGUCGACCCGUCAUGCCGGAAGUCGAUUUGCAAGACACUAAGAAAAUAUUCCGCAAAUAGCACAAACUCUCUGUUUCACGGAGAAAAGUGUCGUCGCCAUCCAGCCUAUUCCGCUUCCCACCGACAAAUUCCUCUUUAUCUCAACAGACAUACUUCUUGGCAACCGAUAUAAACCAAACAAGUUUUAAAAGUUCUUUCCCACAAAAUGAAGGACUGUGAAAGACGAAAUAAACAAACACGAUCUUCGUAGAAGCAAGCCAUGUUGCUUUCAGGUCUCCAAAGUUGUCGUUUUCAAAACAAACACACAGAAACGAGGUGAUCGCAAGACAAAUCCUUUGUGAAUCGACUUCAGGUGAAACGGAUUGACUUUGCUAAUGACGAGUCGAGUCGACCCGUACGAAUCGUGUCGACUCGUCAACAUUCAAUGCCCCUGUUUGACGCUUUAGGAAGGUCGAGGGUUCAUCGUAGCGGUUUGGGUACCCAUCCCAAACUACAAAAAUGAGCAAUGAUUGAGAAAAAAAACAUUGUAAAUAUUUAAUGCGCCAACCUACCAUUUUCAAUUUUCCUUUAGAGAAACACUUUCCAGGCGAUUUUGAUAACAAACGGACGGCACUCUUUUGUAAUUUACAAUUAUAAUAAAAUCACUUGGACUACUGGCACAGCAAGUUCAGGAGACCACAGUGGACUUGGCGGUACCCAGGCACAAGUAAGAUGGUAGUGUCUUCUGCUAACUAAAAAAGGUUACUAAGUAACGCCCGAUUUAAUCAGUUUGCCUUCAAAAUCUUGGCAACUUAACUAACCUUCAAAGCCAACCGAGACUUAGGAAUGACAAUUUUAUUCAAAAAGGAAUUAUUUAGUACCAGGAAAAUUUCAUGAUUAGGCGUCUUAAAAUCUCUGAUUUUGAGUUGGUCACUUGUUAUAAUUGGUCUUAGUUCCCCAUUCCGCUGUAUUAAUCAUGAAGAAAUGGGGCUAGAUGGGGUUAAAGCUCUCCUAAGGUAUUAAAUGAUUUGUGUCCACUUAUUCCUGAGUUGCUACACCCCUACCGUGGUGAUGAAACUCUGAGCAGCUUUAGUAGCGUGUCAUCCUUAAGACACACAUAAACAUGGCCAUUUUAUGCCGGCUUCAGGAAAAGAAGAUAAUUGGUUGCAUUUGCCGAUGUGUGCGCCAUAGGUAAUCUCUUCGCAUCAGGAGUGUAUUUCACUGGGGGUAAACAGAGGUGGCAGCACAUAAAAUAUAAUACCAUGCUGUCAUAAAGUGAAGAUCCCUCCAAUUACCACCUUCCAUUUCUACGAAUAGUGGAUUUUGAUUCUUUUCAACGGUUGCUUCAUUUUUCGCUGACAGGCAGGUUUCAAUGCUGGUGACGGCAAACGCUUUUACACUAUCCCAGGGUCUGGCACUCAUGACGUUAUCAAUCUUUUUAAAACGUCCAAUGUGGAAAGGCCCGGUCGAUGGAUAUUCCGUAUUGAUAUUGCGACGAUUAAGGAAGGUGGUUGCAACACGAAAGGUCAGAGUUGUAGGCCUUUUUUCCUGUAAGUGACAUAAGAUUCACCGAGUGAAGGGUACUAAUUUUAAAAAUGGAAUAAUAUAGUUUUAUCAACUGAAUUGUCAGAGCGAAUGACGAAGUCCUAACGCUCGAAACGCCAGCUUUGAAACUCUUUACGGUGGCCAAUUUACAUUAUCAAGUCAGUAGAUUACGCAAAUUAUUUUGGUGCACUCCCCCACCGACGCAACACACAGUUUCUUUAGAAACUUAACCACUUUAUUCAUUUAAAAAUUAGUUUGGUGUUUGUUUAUACUGCGCAACUGGUUCAUACAAACGAAGGCGUUUUACGUCAAACUUUUGUUGGCGCUAGCGUAGAACUGAACCUCACGAUUGUAUUUUUAGCGCUACAGUAUGUUCUCGACCAAAAACAGCACUUAAGAGUUGUUUUGAUGUUCCUCGAUUGUGAGUCAUGAGUAGCUGCAUUGUUUUUCUGAUAGUUUUUUUAUGGCAUGAUGAUGAGAUGACGACGACGACGAAGAUCACGAUAAUGAAGAAGACGACGAAAACGGUGACAGAGACGAUGACAAUAACUGUAAUGAUAAAGAUGCGCAAUGUAGAUUCUUGUUUUUUUAUUUAUUUUUUUAAAAUCUUUUUAAGGAUCAAUUGUUAUUUCACCGGGCUACGCAAUCAUGCUUGGAGGUGACAACCUUUUCGUGUCUGGACCUUGCUUCAAGUCAUCAGAUGACAUCAUAUGUAAAUUUUUUGGCGACAAAGCAACCAACGGAAGUUAUAUAAGUCCCAUUCAGGCAUCUUGCACUGUGCCAAUGCUUUAUUUGACUGGCAGGUUGACAAUGAAAAUGUCAAUAGAUGGAGGAAGGAGUUUCGAUUACCAAGGCAUCAUCACCAUUGGUAAGAUUAGACUUUGGAAAGUUGUGGUAAAGCCUAGUCUUUUACACUGCAUAAAAGACUAUUUUGCUAAGGCCCUCAGUCUAUUCGUUGACCCGGGUGUUGCCUGUGAGUAAGUUUUUCGAAAAACUCGAUUCAAGAGGCUAGGUUUUUAAUUGGAAUAUGCCGUACAAAAUUGUCUCAUUUGUGUAAAAAAAGGUAAGUCUUGGGAGAUUUUUGGUUAAGCUUAUGCCUAAAACUGUUUCUUUAGUAUAUCUGAAAAUGGCUACAUUUCAUAAACUUUAGAAUUACCAUAUCUCCAACUGCACCCCUUAGAGGGUCUCUAAAACCUUACGAGCGUGUCAAUCUUGGAGCAUGACAAUCCCACCUACCAUUGGUUAGGAGCUCAGGUGAUUCAGAAUUUUGAGUAUUGACGUGUCUAUAGCUAACAAUUCAUCUGAUUCAGGUAUAUGUAUAUAGUUUUUUAUUGAUGGUGCAUCAGAGUUUUUAAGUCGGGACGUAUCCUUACCUGACACUUGCUCUUAUUCAGGUAUAUGUUAAUCGGUUUUUAUUGAUUUAUGCUCCUUGCCAGUUAACAUUGUCAAAUUGAAGCCAGCUGUCGUACGGCAUAUGGCAAAGAAGUGGCCCGAACAGAGUCAAGUCCGGAUUACAUGGGAUCCAGCUUACCUCGGAGGCGAGAAUCAGAGAGUAACAGUUCAACUGGCUCGUUUUUCCAUGAAGGGCGACGGACAGGUGGUUUUUCAUAGCACAUUCAAUGUAGUGGCAGGUCAGCAAAAUGACGGAACCAGUCAGUUCGUUGUGUCAAAAGGAGUUGGGUAAGAAGCCAUCAUUGCUUUCAUUUUCAAUCAUGCCCAAAAUAAACUCAGUCUGCAGCAACUUCAAACUCAUCGAAAUGACGAUGAAUCAUAAAGAACCUCCUCAUUAAAUUCAAAGCUUACGCUAAAUCGUCAACGAUGGAAAAGCUUAAAUUUUUCCUACAAUGAGUCUCGGGAAGUAUCUAGUUGGUCGAGAAAUGAUUAUGUAAAAUUAAUUGUUUGCUGCGUUAUCGAAUAUUUUGUUAUCGAAGCUAGUGAAACUUUUCUCUUCAAAUCACAACGGCAGAAAAGUACACUGUUAGUCGAAAGUACACAAGCCUUCUCAAUGAGAACCUUUUUAAAUUUUUUUUGCGUUCACAAACCUUUAGAGCAAUAGCUGGGGAUGAUCGCUUUGUCACACUGGUUCUAGUAAAAAGGAUUGCUGGCAACUUCGGCAGUUCCCCUGCCGAGUGGAUCUGGAGCGAUCCAUUCCACUGGUUAAACUACGAGAGUGCUAAGCAGAGAUGUGUGCACUGGUAUAACAGGCAGCCUGAUCCAAAGACAUAUACAGGUGAAUCACAAAAUAGCCCAUUUUUUAUUGAAACGAGAUCCUGAGAAGCUAGGCAGAUAACAUUUAGUUGAGGGCUACUAGUAACGGCAAACACAAAUCUCAAUUAGCCGAGAUUACAACGCUACGAAAAUAUCAACAAAAACUCUAAAAUAAAUGAGACAACAGCACAACAGGAUGGUCCUAGAGGAGAGGUCUUUCAUAACAAUGUUUUUAGGCACACCUAAUUGAUGGUAUUCCUUGUUCACAGAUGACAUCUCCCUCCUUUCCUGCCCGCAAACGUUUCUUCAAGCAAUGGCGGACCGCGGUCGAUUUAUGUUAGACGAAUACUGUCAUCAAGAUGCUGAGCAACACUGCGCUUUAUACCGUAAGGAGGCUACGCAUUGCUUUAGCACAAACAAUCCAAGGUGAAUAUGUAUAUUUGAUACACAAGAACUUGAAAACAUGCUUAACUUACAGAAAUGAGUGUACGUCAGCAGACUGAGUCGCCUACUCUGUAGUAAAAAAAAAAUCGGUUUAGUCUAUUAUAAUCAAGCACGUAUGCUUAUUGCUUACUUAUUUCCCAGCUGGGAGAGUCGGACGGAAUUUAUGAAAAAGGAAAAAAGAUUUUCUCGUCCUUCCCAACCCACCUCGGUCAACAAGCAUGUUUCCAUAUGAUCGCCGUUCCUUCUCCUUCCUCCAUUCUUGUGGCAUCUCACGGGGCCGUAAAGCUUUUUCACGCCUUGUUCUCGCCGUCGCGUUCGGCUUUUUCACGAGGAUAUCCCUCAUAAUGUUUGUCAAUUUAAGCCCACUCUAGCUUCAUAUGAUCGGAACGGUGUUCUUCAGAUGAUUCCAUAAGUAAUAUUCAAAGGUUUUACUUUAAGCUAACUUAGCGAACUGGCUGAGCGUCUCCUUUAACUAAUUAGGUACCAGGGCGAAAUACGGUUUCCAUCUCCUGUUGGAAGAACUUACGUUUUUCUCUCUGGGUAUGCAUAUGCCAUUGAUUGAGACAGAACAUCCAACUUCAUUCAAUUUGCAGUGAACAAGGUGCUGGACAGCAGUGUUGCUAUAAUGAACAAGGAAACUUGAUGAUUGGUCCAAAAAAUGGGGGAUCCCUGAGUCGGGUUCAUAUUAGUGCUGGAGUGCCAUUUUUCUCUCAUUUCUUCCACGACUUGAUGCCUUAUUCAGACUGCUGUGUAUUGUCUGAAAACUGUGGAAAGUACUUUGAGAAGAGACCAUCAGAUAACGGCAUGAAUUACGAGCCUCCACGGCCAGGUUGAAUAUCAGUAACUUUAUGACUAUCCUUUGUUUCAAAUGGGUCUCCUUGUGAGCAAAACUGCUUUUUAUUUUAUCCAUGCAAAGUGAGUUAAUGGCGCGUCUUCUUGACAGAUAUAUUGAAAGGAGACUUCGAAAACUAAGAUAAAUACUAAGCCCGCUAAUCAAUUAUACUUCGAAAUGUACUGCUGCGACAGCUAUUGGGAUAAAUUUAGCUGGAAUUACUAAUGUUUGUAAUUUCUAAACUGAAAGAGCUGUGAAACUCUCUGAAGUGCUUUGUUAUGGUCAACUGUCUGUUAAAAUGGCCUGAUUGUUAGGAUUCUUGACAAGUUUCGUCUUGGAAAUUUGUCAAGAGGUCAAGGAAUUUGGAAUUGAUAAGCGGAUUUCAACUAUUUCCAUCACAUUCGAUCCCCCCGCCAUUUUUUCCUUUUACUUACAUGCAGUUUUCAAGUCUUUUUUUCGCAAAUUUUUGUUUUUGAUGUUUUGUAUAAUGUAAUGAUGAUGAUGUUGCCGAAACAUUCGCCGCAAAUUUCAUCUAGUUGUGGUUAAGUAUUAGAUUGAACCUAGAGGUAAAAUUCAAAAAAUUAUUUUUAACUGUUUUUUUCUGUAGCCACUGGAGUCGGCGAACCUCACAUGAUUACUUUGGAUGGAGUUGAAUACACCUUUAAUGGUUAUGGCGAGUAUCAAAUUCUCCAGGUAGCACCUUCUGGGUUCAAGCUACAGGGAAGAAUGCAGCCUUUGAUCAAUAGUUAUGGCAGAAAGACUCUUGGUACAGUUUAUAAGGCGUUUGCGAUGAAGGAAAAUGGCUCGGAUAUUGUUCAGGUAAACACUGACCAAACAGAAGCUAACCUUCGACUUUUCUAUAGAAAAAAAGGGGGCUGUCAAUUAUUCAGAAAACACUUGUGACCGCGGUUUAAGCUUUUGCUGUGCGCAGUUUAAAAAGAUUAAAAGAGAGAGAAGAAUGUUCAUUAACCAAUGAUUAUAAAAUGCAGCAGUUUAUUUUUCGCCUUAACAGUUUUGCUCUCAGUUUUUUUUUAACAGAGAGGAAAACGCGUGGCCGUUACUUUCUGAAGAAAAUGUUUUGCCCUUAAAGGAAAAAGAGUAGUCGAAGUGCUGUGUUGGUCCUAAAGACCCCAUCGUCUGCACUCUAGCUAAGCAGACUCUAAAUAGAAAUAUCUAUCGGCAACUUGAACUGAAUUCUCUCUGAUCAGGUUCACAUCAACGGCCGCAGUGAAGUUGACGUUCUGGUGAAUGGAGCUUUGAUGGAAUUUGAUGAGCGACUGCUAAUGGAUUUUAAUGGCGUCACAGUUUUAAAAUACAACAACUCUUAUAAAUAUUCCACCAUAUUCAAUUCUGGGAUAUCAGUUACAAUCGAGAAGGCCGAUGAACUUUUACAAAUGAUGCUGCUGGUGCCACAGAUGUAUAAAGGUAUGCCCCAUCCUAAACAUUCGUCUAAAGUGACAUCCUGGAAUUUAUGAUCACAAAAGGUCGAGGCUGUUUCUCUUUGUUAUAACAAAUAAUGAUGAAAUUAAAUUCAGCGCUAUCGAAUGAUGCUGGCUUUUCUUGAUAAGCUGGAUAGUCUUCUUUAUGAGAAGUAUCUUUAGUAAAGCAAUCAAGCGGCAACUGAAAGGUAACGCCGGCAAACUGCAGCAAAUUGGAAGGAAGAAUUACUGUUUGAUUAUUCAACGCCAAUUAAAAGGCAAUCCUCAGUUUUAAAUAACAAGUACGAUGCGACAGUUUUUUUAGUUCUUUGAAAUUAACUCAUGUGUUAAUAUGUCUAUUUAUUUCGCUUUUCUCUCCUUACUAUGUCUGUUAAGGAAACACAAGUGGCCUUCUGGGAUUCUGGGACGGGGACCAAGUAAAAGAAUACCUGCUUCCUAACGGAACCUUCCUUGACACUAAUUCAAACCAAUCACGAAUUCAUUACGAAUUUGGACAAAAAUGUAAGCUACUACACUUGAGACUAUGCACUCAAUGUUUAUAGUAACCCUUGGUCACUUAGAUAUACAACCAGAAAGUUAAUUAAGUACCUCCUGUAGAACUCAGGGUGACAUGACGUCACUCUUUAGGAGGAAGUAUUCAUCUAACACUGUUUGACAUGCUUUUGGCAGCUCUGAUGGUUGCUUUCUAUCCUGUAAAAAUCCAAGAUUUCUUGAAGGAAAAGUCAUGCCUUCAGUUUGAUGAUAAGUUGCAUUUCCCUGGCCUCAAAUGGUUUUUAAGCACAGGAUUGAGGUUAAAACACUUUAAACUACUCUUGAGAUAUUUGUUAACCUUUUCAACCCUUUGGUGUUUCAAAUAUACUUCUUACGAACGUGACUAAGGUACAUAAAUGUACUUAGCUUAGCCGUCAGUUAGGACUUGACCCUAGAAAAUUGUUACCUUACCGUAAUGUCAUCCUCACAGGGGCUGUAACUGAAGAGGACUCAUUAUUCACAUACGAUUAUGGCGAAAAUCAUACCUCUUAUGUCGAUGUAGAGUACAUACCGGUAUUUUUCGAUCAGGAAUUGAUUUUUGAUGACGUAAUCUUCGGUCAGAAGGCUCGAAAUGUGUGUGGUAAUAACAAGCAAUGCCUGUUUGAUAUUUACACCACCGGAAAGAUCAGCAUUGGGAUGAAUUCUAAGAAGGCCUUGGAGUCGUUUGUUGCUGUCGUAAAUGAAAUAGAGACCCCAGGUUAGUGGCUCUUUUGUCAAGUGUGCAUAUUAUGAGACAUGAUCGAUGAAAAGUAUUGCUGAAAAAAAAGGAGAUGCAUAAUCCCUUGCCGAAGAUUUUAAAACGCUGCGUUUUGCAACACAGUAUUGCCAAAUCGCUUAUGAUACUGUUACAUGUUUUAAAAUAUCAACUUCAGAAUUGGUAACUUUGUUGACCUUUACAUUCAAUUUUCAAACCAGUAUAUUACCGAAUGAUUGAGUUUCAGUGAUGAUCUACAAAAUACUGGAACUGUUCUGGUAGUAAUAUUGUUAGGGACUUCUUGUGAACCGGCUCUUUGUCGUGCAGAAAUAACCUUGGGCUGGUUAUAUUGGUGACCUGUGAUCAGUGACCAGGGAAAACUUGAGAUCCAAACGUUAGCAGCGAGAGAUGUGAAUACUGAGAAAACUAACUAAUUCUUCUCCGCGUGAGGUUUUAUGCAUGAAGGAUAAUUGUGCACCAGAUAAUUAUUGCCGCAGUUCAAAAGUGCGUGAAAAAAAACAUGAUCGGCCAGAAGUUCGUGGCUGCGGAUUUUUCCUGAAGUUUGUCUUGAUACUGAAUAAGUAGCUAACAGAUAUUAAAUUCAUGCAGGCUGUAUACCAAUGGAGAACGUACUUCGAAAUGGUUUAAUGCAAAGAAAGGAUUCUAAAGAUGGAGCCAUGCUAUUCAAGUUCCAUUGUGACACAGGUUUCAGUCUCACAGGCCCUUCAGUUAUUCGUUGUUAUCAAGGACAGUGGAAUGGCUCUAAACCAAGUUGUGAACCAUCAGGUGAGCUCUAACUGGUGUAAAUCAGUCGGGAGAACAGAACGCUAUGAAUACUGCAAAUGCCGAAAGGCUCAGAAAGAAAGCAUGAAAGCAUGAGUUUUAAUUUUAUUUAAAAAAUCAAAGAAUUUUUUUACCAGUAUUAUCUUUGAAUUUAGUUGUUCUGCUCUUCAGAUACGAAGAGGAGCUGGAAACUGUGGUAUGUCCUCGCUUCUGCCAUAGCAGGGAUCGUACUCAUUGCAGUGGUUAUUGUGGUCUUCUGUUGUAUUAGACGGAGAUGUAACAAUUCUGACGCCAAUGAAGGACGAGAAGCUUCACAAAUUGGACAAAAGAUCAACGCGGACUUAACUUUCAACAACCCGGCUUAUGUAUCAUGCAACGAUCUGAAAUCAGCUUGACAAUAUACUCUGCCUCGUAUAUCAUCAUAUAAUCAAAGGAGAGAGGCUUGGAAAGCCAGAACAAUCAUCAAAGAAAUGGAAACAAGGAAUAACGAUGCUGAAGUUUAGGUUGGGAGCUCCCUAAUCGAGAUUAGUCUUUCGUCUUUUCACCAUGACAGAAUAAACUAUUGCACAUUUUGCACGGUCAGGUCAAGAACACCUUAUAACAACCUUUAAGAAAGAAAUAUGCUGGCUCUUCCCACCCUUUUUCCAGUCACGUCUACGUACUUAGAUUGUAAUUUAACAUCAGCCCCUAACAAAAGUAAUAUAGUGUGAGUUGGCCAACUGACUGGAAAUAGCACAUUUAUCACCUUAAGUUAGGAAGGAACUAAACUUCUGUAGGCCACCAUCACCUUUAUUUGAAUUUAACUUCAUUUUUGGAUUAUUGUGUCGUCUCUAUUUCUUCUCUGGGUCUUCCAUGUAGGAGGCACAUAUUUCCGUUUAUUUUUCAUUAUAGAUAAUGGAAAAGAAAUAAGAAACACCUCUUCCUUAAAAUAACUAAGCAGAUGAUAUAAAAUUUUAGAUACCUCAAAUUAUCGAAACGUUAGUCACUACUACCGAGAACAGUUCUUCUCAGAACUACACUCACCCGGACGAUCAGACUACACUAUGACAUGUUACCCCCCGGGUUCAAACCAUUUACUGUGAUUCAAGUUGCAUAGCAUUAUUCCAUCCUGUCGAUGGAAGAAUCAUUUGUUUUCAGACAAGUGGUAGAUAUAAAUAUACCAGCAGUUUUGGGGAUAAGGGGAGGGUGGGGGUGUUCUAAACCCCUUGCACCCCCUCCCUGGAUCAGCCACCGAAGUACAUUUCAUAAUCUGACCAAUCACCAAAUACUUCCUACAUGAAAUAACUCGCACUUACAAAGUAGUUUGAACAUGCAAAUAAAAGGAGAAGAGCUGUAAACGUCAUUUCUAUGCCUUAGUGUAGUGGUUUAUCUUGCUAUAUUCGCAGUAAUUUAAUAUGUUGCAAUUAUAAGAUUUCCAAGCAGACAUUUUUGCCAACGAUAUCAAACGUUUCGUAGAAUGUGCGCUUCAGAACUUUGAUUAUAACUCAAUCGCAAGUUAGAUUUCAUUCCUCACAAUCACAACUGCAUGAAAUGUUUCGUUCAACUGUUUUCCGCUUGUUUGCGUCAUCAGAUUUAGCAUAUCAGGAAAAUACACUUGACACCAAAAGCCAUUAAGCUCCUGUUGACAUAUAUUAUCGACAUGAGAAAGGAACCCCACCCUACCUCAAAUAAGAAAUUUUUAAUCCCAUGAUAGCUUCAUUUUCAUAAAUUGACCGUGGCUAAAAAAACUGUUUUUCUAUCUUUUCAUAUCUUAAAAUAAAAUAUACAGAUCGCUCCCGAGACAAGCGUCAACACUCCAGAAAAAAAGAAAACGAAUAAUCGGCCGGAUACAACUAAAGUGCCAGCAUCGAGUAUUGCAUAUCUCAGGAAACGGUUUACAUUCACCCGGAAAUCAGUUACACAAUGAUCAGGUAGAAAAUAUAUGACCGUGACAAUUUCCGCUUUUUAUGAGUCUGUUCUAAUCAAUAAAACGGAUGUUACAAGAAACGCCUUGUUAUGAGCGUUCAAGCGUUGUUUCUCAUUUGCGACCGGAAACAUGAUGAAAUCAGUAAAAAAAGAGUUGAUAAAGGUCAUGGGACUACGGCGGUACUCAGGAGUUACCUUAUGGGUGAUCUUCAACUUUAGAGAAUACUUAUUGAGUGCAGCAUAUGCAUUUCCAUUAUCGGAAGUUUAAGAUAACCUUUGACUUGAGUGUAUUAAGCAUGUGACGGGCCUAACCGCGAGCAAUUCAGAUAACACAUCCCUUCAUUAGCACAGAGAAUGAAGACUAUGGAAGUUGAGAAAAUUAUCGUGCUGUUAUGUAACCAUUUCAUUUUUUUAUCGAAUGCUAUUGUGCUUCCCAAUUUCUAUCCUUUUGGAGUGAGCGAUGGAGACCAGCUUGUUCCGACAAAUGACGACGGGAGCUCUGGGACGAUACCGAUAUCAAUUCAGUUUCCUUUCUACGAUAGGAAUCACAAUUCGCUGUUUGUAAGUAUGCUCAUUGUUUUUUUUUUCGCAAAAAUCUGAAUAUAAUCCUGCACAUACAGGCACAUUGAAAACGGGGCAUCUCUCAAUGCAAACAUUACUAUAAGUGGCGUCCAGACUAAUUGUCUUGAAGCCUUACAGUUAGUCUUACUAUGAAAUGGUUCAGGUAUGUGAUGAAAUGCUUGAUGUAAGUAGUCGCAGAAAUGUCGAAGUAGGUUCAGUUAACCAACUCGGUAGGAUACUGUAUUUCUGAACAGGGUUUUUCAGCUUGAACGGUCCUUGCGGUUAGUUCAUUAAAAAAGGAGGUAGACUUCAUUCACAAUGGCGUGUUUUGUUUCUGCCGCGUUGUUAGGUGGUGACGUUUAAUCCAUCCUGUGUUCAAAGAAUCGUAAUUCACAAUUUAACAUUGUUAACAACAAUAAAACCAUAACAACGUUGAAUAAAGGGGUAAGUUUCGAAAGAAACUGUGAUGCUGCGUCGAUGGGAGAGUAUAACAGGGUAAAUCAGCACUGUCAACGGAGUUUAUAACGUAAAUUGGCCACCGUAAAGAGUUUAAAAGCUGACGUUUCGAGCGUUAGCCCUUUGUCAGAGCGAUUGGAGGAAUUGUGGGUUGUGCGUGUGUUAAUAGGAAGAAAACAGAGCUACGUUAUCGGUGGGAAUAUAUUAACAACGCUGGUCUAGUUCGUAAAAAAUUCAAGUGCGGAAAUACUGAGAAUAGAAAAAUGAUUAAACAGAAAUCAGCAGACCGGAAAUUCUAUGAAUAACUUAUGAAACAGAAAUAACACGAUUACGCUGCAUAGCCUCUUUUCCAAAUCAACCGUUACCUUUAUUUUUAAGGCAUGAACCUUCAAAGCGAUGAUAUGUGCGAAAAAAAGAAGUUUUUAUUUCACAUGUUCAUGUAAACUUCAAGAGACAUAUAUUUGCUCCAGAAACCAAAUGACUUGUGUUUGUUCCGUGACCCACUGCAGGGAGUAUCAAUUAAGACAUAUAACUGACAGCGUCUUGACAUUUCAAAGAGUAAUUCAACCCUUCUAAGAUUGUCUAAAAAUACGCCAACUGAGUUAAUUUGAACUUUUUGAGCAGGAAGACUGGAAGAUUACUUCUUGUCCCGCCUUUCAUUAAAAACCUUUCACCGAGGACGUCAAAAGCAACAAUAGCGUCUAAUUUUUUCGUUUAUUUCAUUUAAUCAAUUGAUCUUUCAAGCUUCCUCCUGUCCAAGGCAUCAUUAGGGAACCCUAAGUUUAAGACUUCACUUGAUAAGUUAAAUAAAUAAUUAUCCAAAAAUUGAUACCAUUGAAGGACAGAGAGGUGAAUGAGUUAGAGAUUGACACGCAUCAUGGAGCUCCGCGCCCUUUUGGCUUUUUCUCUCCUAUUACAAGGCUUGAAUAUCGGAUUUGUUGGAAUACGAGAAAGGCUAAUCGCAGGGAAUCGCACCGGGAAGGCAGUUGCUAGCUUUCCUUCCCUAGUAAGCCUUUGACAGGAAGAAAAUUUCACCCUCGGUACUCAUACCGUAAUUUUAACUUCGAGCUGGAUUUGCAUUAAUGACAAAAGCACAAGACAAUGGUCCUUUUGUCAUUUGACAACAUAUAACAAAAGACAGGCUAUUGGAGUCAAAGAAGCGAGUUAUUCAACUUCACAGAUAUCAGGACGAACAAAAAGAAGACUUCUGGAUUGCCGGAGUGAGAAAAGAGGAACAAAGAGUAGAAGAACACGAGAAAGGCUAAUCAAUAGGGUUCGCACUGGGAAAGCACUCACUAGCUUUCCUUCCCUAGUAAGCCUUUGCCAGAAGAAAACUUCACUCUCGGCACUCAUUCUGUAAUUUUAACUUCGAGCUGGAUUUGCACUAAUUACAUAAGCACAGGACAAAGGUCCUCUUGUUAUUAGCAUUAAAUAAGAGAGAUCUCGUUAGCAACAACAUGGGAGCGGAAAUUUUUAGUUUUUACGCCGUUUUUCAGUAGGUCGUGUUUCCACCACAUGAAGGUGUCUGUACUACUCGAACUCCUGUGCGGCACGCCAAGUGGUUUCUGUGGUUUCUGAGCUACUUAACUAACCGUCGACAGUUUGUACAAGUCAAUGAAAAAUGAUCUCUAGUUAAGAGUACUUUUCGGAACUCACUAGCGACUUUACUCAAUGCUCCACCCCUAAGUGUGAGGCUGUGUCCAGACUUCAAUACUUUCAAAAAUAAUUCUUGUACAAUUCUUGCAAGAGCAAACAUGCGUUUAACCUUAUAAGCUGUCUCGAUCAGGUUUCUUAUGGUAUCUAUAAUAUUUUAGAUUAUGUAGUUUUUAGCAGUUUUUAAGUGCUUUAUGUAAAUGGUGAAUGUUUCUUGAAUAACACUGUGUACAUUAUGCAUUAUGUAAGUCGUUAGUUUUUAGUAUGACGGAUGUAGAGCUACCACGUAGAAAUACUGUCGAUAAAUCGUUAUUAUUAUUAUUAUUAUUAUUAUUACAAUUAUAAUUAUUAUUACAGGUUUCAGAAUUAUACAAAUCUCUAACGCAGUUUCUUAACAUCCCGAGUUUUUUACUUUUGUAAACGGGUGUUAUCCAUCACCAGACGAACCGCAGUUGGACUCGCUGUUAUCCUUUAUCUCUUGGCCACCAAAGCGGUAUCACAGAAAAGUUGAAGAUUCCACUAGUUUAGCCGUAGAUUACGGGUUUAAUUGAUUAUUUCAGGUCAACACCAACGGGGUGAUUUCUUUCCUGGUCCAAGUUUCACAGUAUACCCCGGAUCCAUUUCCUCUGGGAGAUGAUCGUCGACUCGUGGCGCCAUUUUGGGCUGACGUUGAUACAACUAAUGGCGGACAAGUGUUCUACCGAGAGACCACAGAUUCGCAACUGCUUAAACGAGCUACUAAUGAUAUUACAGCCACCUUUGUAGAUCACAGAAAAUUCAAAGCCACAUGGCUAUUCGUGGCGACGUGGUAUGAAGUCGCCUUCUAUGGUGCUAGGAAUUUCACACACAAGGUAAAGUCUACUACUAGGAUCAAGAGAGACAAACUGUAAUAUCUAUAGCGAUGCUAAUGUAUGCCCUAACGUGUGUCCUGGAUAUCCAUAGAAUGGAUAGUGGAUAUCCAGAAGGAGCAUUACAACUUCCUCUAUCGAUGGAAUGCUGAUCCAUGUUAGGCAUCUACUAAACAAACUUGUUAGCUUUCUUCUAAAGUUUGUUAGCACUGUCAGUAUGAUUGUAUUGUCUUAUUCUAUGGUGCUGGGAAUUACACAAAUAAGGCAUGGUCUUAUUUGGCCCAAACCCUAAGGAAAAUGAUAUUAGUAUCAAGUGAGACAACCCAUGAUAUUUUCAGCAAUGCUAAAGAUAUCUACAGGAGGAGAUUCGAUCCAGGGGGCAGUAUUGCAACUUGUCUUAGAUGGAAUGCUGAUCCAUCGCAGUCAAUCACUCCAAACGUUCAUCAGUACAGUUUGUUAGUAAUUUUGGUAAGAGCAAAUUGUCUCUUAUAAACCACAACAAUGACCUAGCUAACGCCCGACUCGAAGGUCUAUCUCGAUCUUUAGUGCUAUACGUGCGCGCCAAUUGUUAGGAUACUGCCUCUCAUACAACAGAGGCCGAGAGACUUUGGUUAAUAAAAGUAAAUAAAAUCGGGAAAUUGAAAAUUAAAUUGUGAUCAUGAUAGUUUGGCCGAGAUCCCAAAACAAAAAUGCCGUCCCCCUACGGGCCCAAUGAUUCAGUUUAAGUUAUCCUUCCCAAAUCGAAUAGAGCAAUGACUGGGGUUUCGAGGUGUGCGACCUUUUUAAGAAUGAAACGAAAGUUCAACUUGACAUUACCACAUGGAAUAGGUGAGUUUUCACACGUGAUACGCUCUCCUACAAUCGGAAAACGCAUUUAAGUUGGGAGGAUUGUUCUUUAAUGUGCCAAUUAACCUGCUAUUUUCAAUUUUCCUCCAGAGAAACACUUUCCAGGCGGUUAUGAUAACAAAUGGACGGCACUCUUUUGUAAUUUACAAUUAUAACAACAUCACUUGGACUACUGGCACAGCAAGCUCAGGAGACAAGACCGGGCUUGGAGGUACCCAGGCACAAGUACGAAGUAGCCUCUUAUAAUACAUUGUUUGAAUGAUUAUUUCUAAAAGGCAUCUUUUUCUAAAUAACUUUUUAACCGUCGCUUCAUUUUUUAUUGACAGGCAGGCUUUAAUGCUGGUGAUGGCAAACGCUUUUACACUAUCCCAGGGUCUCGCACUCAUGGCGUUAUCAAUCUUCCUAACAAAACCAAUGUGGCGAACCCCGGUCGAUGGAUAUUCCGUAUUGAUAGUGCGGAGAUCGAGGAAGGUGGUUGCAACACGAAAGGUUAGAGGUGUAGGCCUUUUAUUCCUGCAAGUGACAUAAUAGUCACCAAGUGAAGGGUAAUAAUUUUAAAAAUUAGACAAUUUGGUUUUAUCAACUGAGUUGUUUGUGUAAAUUGGCCACCUUCUAAGGCUUUCAAAGCUUAUGUUUCGAGCGUUAGCCCUUCGUCAGAGCGAAUGACGAAGGGCCAACGCUCACAACGUCAGCUUUAAAACCCUUUACGGUGGCCAAUUUACAUCAUUACCUCAGUUGAUAGAACCAAAUUAUCUUUUUAUACUCCCCCACCGACGCAGCACACAGUUUCUUUAGAAACUUACCACCUUUGCUUAUUUAAAAAUGAGUUUGGUAUUUGUUUAUGCUGCACACCUGGUUUACACAAACGAAGGCGUUUUAGGUCAAAUUUUUGCUGGUGCUAGCGUACAAGUGAACCAAACGAUUGUAUUUUUAGCGCUACAGUAUGUUCUCGAGUGAAACGCACUUAAGGGUUGUUUUUCCUCGAUUUUGAGUCACGAGUAGCUGUAUUCUUUUACUGAUUGCUUUUUAAGGCAUCAGAGAUGACAUUGACGACGAAGAUCAUGGUGAUGGUGAAGACGACGAAAACGGUGACAAAGACGAUGACAAUAACUGUAAUGAGAAGGAUGCGUACUAAGGUUUUUCUUUUAUUUCAAUCUUUUUAAAGGAUCAAUUGUCAUUUCACCGGGCUACGCAAUCAUGCUUGGAGGUGACAACAUUUUCGUGUCUGGACCCUGCUUCAAACCAUCAGAUGACAUCAUAUGUGAAUUUUCUGGAGGCAAAGCAACCAACGGAAGUUACAUUAGUCCCAUUCAGGCAUCUUGCACUGUGCCAAUGCUUUAUUUGACUGGCAGGUUAGCAAUGAAAAUGUCAGUAAAUGGAGGAAGGAGUUUCGAUUAUCAAGGCAUCAUCACCAUUGGUAAGAUUAGACUUUGGAAGCCUAGCCUUUCACACAGCAUAAAAGACUACUUUGCUAAGGCUCUCAGUGUAUUUUUUUUCGAAAAACUCGAAUCGACAGGCUAGGUUUUAAGUGGAGUAUGCCGUAUAAAACUAUCUCUUUUUUGGAAAAAAAGCAAGUUUUGGGAGAGUUUAUGCCUCAAACUGUUUCAAUAGUAUAUCUGACGAUGAAUACAUUUGAUAAACUUUAGAAGUAUCAUAUCGCCAAUUUUAUCCCUUAGAGGAUCUAUAAAACCUUAAGGGCGUGUCAGUCUCGGAGCAUGACAAUCCCACCUCCAUUGGUUAGGAUUUCAGGUGAUUCAGAAUUUUGAGUAGCGUGUGUAUAUCGGUUUUUAUUGAUUCUUGCCUUGCUAGUUAACAUUGUCAAAUUCAAGCCGGCUGUCGUACGGCAUAUGGCGAAGACGUGGUCUGAACAAGCUGAAGCUCAGAUUUCAUGGGAUCCAGCUUACCUCGGGGGCGAGAAUCAGAGAGUAACUGUUCAGUUGGCUCGUUUUUCUAUGAAAGACGACGGACAGGUGGUUUUUCAUAGCACAUUCAAUCUAGUGGCAGGUCAGGAAAAUGACGGAACCAGUCUGUUCCUUGUACCAAAAGGGGCAGGUCAAGGGUGAGAAGUUAUCAUUGCUUUUCAUUCUCAAUAAACUGAAACUAACAGUCUGCAGAAACUUCAAAAUCAUCGAAAUGACGAUGAAUCAUAGAGGACCUCCUCCUUAAAUUAGAAGCUUAUAGUAGAUCGCCAACGAUGAAAAAGCUAGCACUUUUUCUUUAAUGCAUUUCGGGAAGUAUCCAAUUGAUCGAGAAAGGAUUACGUAAAAUAAAUUGUUUGUUGCGUUAUCAGAUACUUUGUUAUCGAAGCUAAAGAAACUUUUCUCUUCAAAUCACAACGGCAGAAAAGUACACUGUUUAGUCGAAAGUACACGAACCUUCUCAAUGAGAAGAUUUUUAAAACUCUUUUUCCUACAAACUUUUAGAACAAUAGCUGAGGGUGACCGCUUUGUCACACUGGUUCUGGUAAAAAGGAUUUCUGGCAAUUUCAACAAUUCCCCGGCCGAGUGGAUCUGGAGCGAUCCAUUCCACUGGUUGAGCUAUGAGAUGGCUGAACAGAGAUGUGUGCACUGGUAUGACAAGCAGCCUGAUCCUGAGAUAUACACAGGUAAAUCACAAAAUAGCCCAUUUUUAAUUUCAACGGGAUCCCAAGAAGCUAGGCAGAAAACAUUUAGUUGAGGGCUACCAGUAACUACAAACACAAAUCUCAAGAAGCCGAGAUUACAACACUACGAAGAUUUCAACAAAAACUUUAAAAUUAAUGAAACAACAGUACACAUCUUAGAGGAGAGGUCUUACAUAACAAUGUUUUUCGACAGACCUAAUUGCGGCCACUUCUUUGCAUAUUCACAGAUGACACCUCCCUCCUAUCCUGCCCGCAAACGUUCCUUCAAGCGAUGGCGGACCGCGGUAGAUUUAUGUUAGACGAAUACUGUAAUCCAGAUGUUGAGCAACGCUGUGCUGUAUACCGCAAGGAGGCAACGCAUUGCUUUAGCACUAACAAUCCAAGGUGAAUAUGCAUAUCUGAUUCACAAGAAAACAUGCUCAACGUACAGAAAUGAGUGUACGUCUACAGACUGAGUCGCUUACUCUGCAGUAAAAAAAAAAAAAAAAUUAAGUUUAGUCUAUCAUCAUCAAGCCCAUAUGCUUAUUGCUUACUUAUUGCCCGGGUGGAAGGGUCGGAAGGAAUAUAUGAUAAAGAGACAAAGAUAUUCUCGUCUUUCCCAACCCACUUCGGUCAACAAGCAUGUUUUCAUAUGAUCGCCGUUCCUUCUCCAUUUCCCUUUCUUAAUUGUUGCAUUUUGCAUCUCACGAGGCCGUAAAGCUUUUUUGCGCCUUUUUCUCGUCGUCGCGUUCGGCUCUUUCUCGCAGAUAUCUCUUAUAAUGUUUUUCAAUAAAAGCUCGCGCUAGUUCAUAUGAUCCGAACGGCGUUCUUAAAAUAGUCCCCUAGAUGUAUGUUCAGAGGUUGUAGACUAACCUAGCUUAGCGAACUGGCUAAGCGUCUCCUAUAAUUAGUUAAGAACCAGGGCGAAAAACGGUUUCCAUCUCCUGUUGGAAGAACUUACAUUUUUCUCUUUGGGUAUGCAAAUGCCAUGGAUUGAGACUGAACAUCCAACUUCAUUCAAUUUGCAGUGAACAAGGUGCUGGACAGCAGUGUUGCUAUAAUGAACAAGGAAACUUGAUGAUUGGUUCAAAAAAUGGGGGGUCCCUGAAUCGGGUUCAUAUUAGUGCUGGAGUGCCGUUUCUCUCUCAUUUCUUCCACGACCUGAUGCCUUAUUCAGACUGUUGUGUAUUGUCUGAAAACUGUGGAAAGUACUUUGAGAAGAGACCAUCAGAUAACGGCAUGAACUACGAGCCUCCACGGCCAGGUUGGAUAUCAGUAACUUUAUGACUAUCCUUUGUUUCAAAUGGGUCUCCUGUUUCAUUUUAUCCAUGCGAAGUGAGUUAAUGGCACGUAUCCUUGACAGAUAUUCUGAAAAGAGACUUCGAAAACUAGGAUAAAUACUAAGUCCGCUAGUCAAUUAUACUUCGAGAUGUAGUGCUACGAAAACUAUUAGGAUAAAUUUAGCUGGAAAAUUACUAAUGUUUGUAAUUCCUCAACCAAAGGAGCUGUACUGAAAACUGCAAACCUCUGUGAAGUGCUUUAUUGUGGCUAACUGUCCAUUGAAAUGGCCUGAUUGUUAGGAUUCUUGACAAGUUUCGUCUUGGCUACUUGUUAAGAGGUCAAGGAAUAUAGAAUUGAUAAGCGAAUUUAAACUAUUUCCAUCACAUUCGAUCCUCCCGCCAUUUUUCCUUUUACUUACUUGCAGUUUUCAAGUCUUUUUUUUGUACAUUUCUGUUUUUAAUGUUUUGUAUAAUGUUAUGAUGAUAAUGUUGCCAAAAAUUUCGGCGCAAAUUUUAUCUAGUUGUGGUUAAGUAUUAGAUUAAAAUUCAAUGAUUAUACUCACUUUUAUUUUUAACUGUUUUUUCCUGUAGCCACUGGAGUCGGCGAUCCUCACAUGAUUACUUUGGAUGGAGUUGAAUACACCUUUAAUGGUUAUGGCGAGUAUCACAUUCUCCAGGUACCACCUUCUGGGUUCAAGCUACAGGGAAGAAUGCAGCCUUUGAUCAAUAGUUACGGCGGAAAGACUCUUGGUACAGUUUAUAAGGCGUUUGCGAUGAAGGAAAAUGGCUCGGAUAUUGUACAGGUAAACACUGGCCAAACAGAAACUAACCUUCGCUUUUUCUUAAGAAAAAAAGGGGGCUGUUCCUUAUUCAGAAAACACUUAUGAGCGAGGUUAACCUUUCGCCGGGUGCAGUUUGAAAAGAAUGAAAGAGAGGGACGAAUGUUCAUUAACUAAUGAUUAUGAAACGCAGCUGGUUUUUUCCCCUAACAUUUUUGUUCUCAGUUGUUUUAUAACAGAGGGAAACGCAUGGCCGUUACUUUCUGAAGAAAAUGUUUUGCCCUUAGGGGAAAAAGAGUAGUGGAAAGGCUAGUGCUGUGUUUGUCCUAAAGACUUCAUUGUCUGCACUUUAACUAAACAGACUCUAAAUAGAAAUAUCUAUUGGCAACUUGAACUGAAUUCCCUCUGAUCAGGUUCACAUCAACGGCCGCAGUGAAGUUGACGUUCUGGUGAAUGGAGCUUUGAUGGAAUUUGAUGAGCGACUGCUGGUGGAAUUUAAUGGCGUCUCAGUUUUAAAAUACAACAACUCCUAUAAAUAUUCCACCAUAUUUAACUCUGGGAUAUCAAUUACAAUCGAGAAGUUCGAUGAACUUUUACAAAUGAUGCUGUUGGUGCCACAGAUGUAUAAAGGUAUGCUCUAUCUUAAAAAUCCGUCGAAAGUGACACCCUGGAAUUUAUGAUCACAACAGGUGGAAGCUGUUUUUCUUUGUUAUAACAAAUAAUGAUGAAAUUAAAUUCAGCACUAUCUGAAUGAUGCUGGAUUUUCUUGAUAAGAUUGGUAAAACAGUCAAGCAGCUACUUACGGGUAACGCCGGCAUACUGCAGCAAAUUGGGGGAAGAUUGCCGACAAUUACUGUUGAUUACUCAACGCCAAGUAAAAGGCAAUCCUCUGCUUUAAAUUUGAAGUAUGAUGCGACAGAUUUGAAUUCUUUGAAAUUAAUUCAAGUGUUAGUACUUCUAUUUAUUACGUUUUUCUCUCUUUAUUAUGUUUUUUAAGGAAACACAAGUGGCCUUUUGGGAUUCUGGGACGGGGACCAAGUAAAAGAAUAUCUGCUUCCUGACGGAACCUUCCUUGACAUUAAUUCAAACCAAUCACGAAUUCAUUACGAAUUUGGACAAAAAUGUAAGCUGAUGCACUUGAGACCGUGCGCUGAAUAUUUACAGUAAUCCUUGUUCACUUAGACCUACAACCAGAACGUUAAUUAGGUACCUCCUGUAGAACUCAGAGGGUGACAUGACGUUACUCGUUAGGAGGAGGUAUUCAUCUAACACUGUUUGACAUGCUUUUGGCAGCCCUGAUGGUUACUUUCUAACCUGUAAAAAUCCAAGAUUUCUUGAAGGAAAAGUCAUGCCUUCAGUUUGAUGAUAAGUUGCAUUUCCCUGGCCUCAAAUGGUUUUUAAGCACAGGACUUAGGUUAAAACACUUUAAGCUACUCUUGAGAUAUUUGUGAACUUUUUCAAACCUUUGCUGUUUAAAAUAUACUUCUUAAAACGUGACCAAGUUACAUAAAUGUAGUGAAAAUGUGCUCAGCUUAACCUUCAGUUAAGGCCUGACCCUUGAAAAUUGUUAAAAAUUUGUGGAAGACUGUUGGUCAUCCUAACCGUAAUAUCAUCCUCACAGGGGCUGCGACUGAAGAGGACUCAUUAUUCACAUACGAUUAUGGCGAAAAUCAUACCACUUAUGUCGAUGUGGGAUACAUACCGGUAUUUUUCGAUCAGGAAUUGGUGUUUGAUGACGUAAUCUUCGGUCAGCAGGCUCGAAAUGUGUGCGGUAAUAACAAGCAAUGCCUGUUUGAUAUUUACACCACUGGAAAGAUCAGCAUUGGGAUGAAUUCUAAGAAGGCCUUGGAGUCGUUUGCUGUGGUCGUAAAUGAAAUAGAGACCCCAGGUUAGUGGCUCUUUUGUCCAGUGUGGAUAUUAUGAGAAAUGAUUGAUGAAAAGCAAUGCUGAAAAGAGAAGAGAUGCGUAAUCCCCUGCUUAAAAGUUUUAUAACGUUGCUUUUUGCAACAUAGUAUUGCCAAAUCCCUUAUUAUGCUGCUACAUGUUUUAAAAUAUCAACUUCAGAAUUGGUAACUUUGUUGACCUUUACAUUCAAUUUUCAAACCAGUAUAUUACCGAAUGAUUGAGUUUUAGUGAUGAUCUACAAAACACUGGAACUGUUCCGGUAGUAAUAUUGCAGUUAGGGACUUGUUGUGAACCGACUCUUUGUCGUGCACAAAAGAUAUGUUCAGUCAGACGUUUGUACAUGGCUACAGAUUUUAUCUAAAGUUUACCUUGACACUAUAUAAGUGACUAACAGAGAUUAAAUUAUUGCAGGCUGCAUACCAAUUGAGAACGUGCUUAGCAAUGGUUUAAUGCAAAGAAAGGAUUCUAAAGAUGGAGCCAUGUUAUUCAAGUUCCACUGUGACACAGGUUUCAGUCUCACAGGCCCUUCAGUUAUUCGUUGUUACCAAGGACAGUGGAAUGGCUCUAAACCAAGCUGUGAACCUUCAGGUAAGCACCGCCGUAAACCACGCUAA